CAAAAUAUUGGCGAAAACGUCAAUGUCAUAUGGUUUCUGUUAUUGUUGCUGUUUCAAGCACAUGCGUGCACGCACUCGGGGGGAAAAGCAAAACAAAAACACACACACACGCUUUAUUUUCCCUCGCACGAUUUGUGAAACCCGUUCUGGGUCCCAAAAGACGGUAUCCCGGUAGCAGCGUGAUUAGAAGGUACGUGUUUGUGCCAGUUUGAAUCGUUCGGUUUGUUUUUCCUCGCCAAUUUCGCUACCGUUCUAGUGUGCACGUGUGUUUGUGCUAUGAAGGGGGUGGUGGGUGCAUGCCCUAUAAAGCAUUUGUGUGUGUGUGUGUGUGUGUGUGUGUUGCGCAUUUUUCUUGUUUCGCAAUCGCUGCCAAUAGUCUAUCUCGGAACCCGGAGUCCCGCUAAAUUCACAGGAUGAUGCAGCAAGGCAUGCGGCUUGUGGUAGCUGGACAUGCAAUGUCGUGAUCUUCCAUUUGCUGCGCCUGGGCUACCAACACGGCCCUCUACCCUCCUAUUGAUCUCCUGGUCAUCAUCAUCAUCAAUUAUCACCAUCAUCGGUGCCUUCGUCACCUGUUGCAGUGUGUUUGUGUGGAAAUCCUGCUCUUACUCCCACUAUAUCCGGUCGCUUGUUUGGAGAGGAACAUAGACAGAGAGAGAGAGACAGAGAGAAAUAAAAAAAGGAAACAGAAAAAGAAACAGAGAAGAACGUAAAGAGAAAGAGGGAGAGAGAGAGAGAGAAAUCGAGCGACAAGGACAGCAAGUCGGGAAAUUUUUUGUAAUGCCGUCGUGUGGUGGAAGCGAAUGAACCAGGUGCUGCCUGGUACCAUUCGGAGUGAAAGCGAUAGACAAGACGACAUUUCAAUCUUCGCAACAGCAAGGCAACCACGGGCAUCCCGAACGCCCGAAAACUUUCCGAAGUCGACGACGACGACGGCCCCUACCAGACGUCUUGGGAACGGCCCCGCAGCAGCAAGAGCAGAGAGGCUGUGGCCCGCGCCUAGUAGCUGCUCUCCGCGCUCGGAGCUCGGAGGCGCAUUUUACGCUCUCGGCAAACCGGUACCACCGAUUCAGAGCGUACACCGUCCCGCACUCUUUUACCAUCCACAUCUCGAUCCUUCCCCUCCUCAGCGGCCCCCCCCUCAGUCACCCUAAAGAGGGCUCGAGAGAGAGAGAGAGGGAGAGAACGCGCUCCGCCUAGAGUGGGAACCCGAUUGCGCAGCCCCGGAUAAGUGGGUCGCAGUCGCGAGAUAGAGAGAGAGAGCGCGGUACACGUUCGGGCCCCGUAGAAGACGACGGCGGUUCGCCCGGGCCCCGAUCGUGUGUGAUACCGUGGCUGGAAAAGUCACGCUGCGCUGCCGGUGGGACCAGCCGGUGGAGACGGAACGGGCGGUAUCGGGCCGCCGAUCGGGGCCUGAUCGGCGGUGUGAGUGUGCGCGCGCGCGCGCGCGCCCUCGCUUAGGUCGGGUUUGGUUUCGGGUUGGAGGUGGGGCGGCAAAGGGAACGGCACCCGUUUUUGGUGGGGCACACACACGCAGCGAAACACCACUCGCACCGCGAGCGAGCAUAGUAUAGUAGUAGCAGAAGCAGCAUCAUCAGCAGCAGUUGGCAGCAGCAGGCAGACAGCAGCAGGCAGACAGACAGCAGCAGCAGCAGCAGCAGCAGGCAACAGGCAACGGCAUUUCGGGGGCUUCGAGUGCUCGUGCGGUCCAUCGAACGGCUCACAAUUGUUUUGACUAUGGCGUGUUUAAGUUCGUCCAACCGGGCCUGUGUCCGUGUAGUGCAGGAGAAACUGUGUCAGCUAUUGGCGGUCCCGAAGGGUCCGCUCGGUCAGCAGCAGCAGCAGCGGGACCUGUCGCUGCCCGCGUCCGGUCCGGUAGUGAAUGUCGGUGGCGAUGGUGGAGGCGGCGGAGGCGGCCACCGGGCCGCGCUACUUUCGGCCGGAUCCGGCGGGACGCCCCUGGUCGCGCACAGCGUCAGCGGCCCGAUCAAGCGCAGCUUUUACACUGGCCGCGGCAACUUCAUUCAACCUGCAGCUGCACUCGCCCCGGCCAGGGCUGGUGUCCGCGCGCCAGUCGGUACGGGCGCCCUGUUCGAGCUGAACCAGAAAUGCAGCGCAACAGCGAACCUCCAUCCCUGCAUGCGGGGAUACAGCUCCGUCCACACACAGCAACCGGCCGGCCCGAUACGGGAGUAUAACAUCGACCCAUACAUACUGCUGGAGGACGAGCUGAAAUAUAUCUUUGAGGACAUUAGGCAGGAAAUCAGCCGCGCGACAAAUCACCAGGAGCUGAACAAAAUUGCCGUCUACUACUUCGACGGGCAGGGUAAAGCUUUCCGCCCGAUGGUUGCAAUACUGAUGGCGAAGGCACUGAACUAUCACAUGCACAACGAAAACAGUGACGUAAUGAACGCUCAGCGACAGAUAGCAAUGAUUUCAGAGAUGAUUCACACUGCCAGCUUAGUGCACGAUGACGUUAUCGACCAGUCGUUUGCCCGGCGGGGUAAGCCAAGCGUCAACGUACUGUGGAACCACAAAAAGGUGACGCAGGCUGGUGACUACAUCCUUGCCGUUGCCUCGAUGCUGUUGGCCCGCCUGAAGCACGACGAAGUAACACACAUUCUUAGUCAGGUUCUAACAGAUUUGGUCCAGGGCGAGUUUAUGCAGCUGGGCUCAAAGGAAACGGAAAACGAGCGUUUCGCGCACUACUUCACCAAGACGUACAGGAAGACGGCAUCGUUAAUAGCCAACAGCUUAAAGGCGGUUGCUGUGCUGUCCGGUGCGGACGAGCAGAUGGCCGAGCUAAGCUUCCAGUACGGGCGCAACCUUGGGCUCGCCUUCCAGUUCGUGGACGAUCUGCUCGACUUUGUGUCGAGCUCGGAAGCGAUGGGCAAACCGGCGGCGGCCGACCUGAAGCUCGGCCUGGCCACCGCACCGGUACUGUUCGCCUGCGAGAAGUUCCCCGAGCUGAACCCGAUGAUUCUGCGCCGCUUCCGCGAACCCGGCGAUGUCGAGCGGGCGUACGAGCUGGUGCACCAAUCGCAAGGCCUGGAGCAGACGCGCUUCCUCGCCCGCAAGCACUGCAUCGAGGCGCUCCGGCUCGCGUCUCAGAUCAGCGAAUCGCCCUACCAGAAGGGUCUGAUCGUGGUCGGCGACUUUGUGCUCAACCGGAUGAAGUAAACGCAGAGCACGGAUCCCGUAAAGAUACGCAGAGAGAGAGAGAGAGAGAGAGAGAGAGAGAGAGAGAGAGAGAGAAAGGGAGCGAAACCUCUCGAACCAAUUUCCAAAUCGAUGUCGACGACAAAGAAAAGAAGAAAAAACAACAACUCAACAACAACAGAAACAAGACCGCCGAUGAGCCUUCCUUCCGCAUUGCUUACAUAUAUAUAUAUAUAUAGAUAUGCACACGCGACCUGCAAAAAAAAAGGUUUCUAACGGGUAUCUUGGGACGCCUGAACCGUCGACAGUGCCGCUAGCAAAGUGUAAGAAGAUAAAGUGCAGUGCGUUUUCGCACAACACAAGCGGUAACGCGGGUAACGGUGGAAAUGCUAAUGUAAGCAAUAUCAUAUACACACACACUCACAUAACACAGCAGAAAAGCCUCAGGAAUCGUAGAAAAAUGAAUGCAAUGAGACCACCAGCAAAGUAUAUAGCAAAAAUUGUCGAAAACACACAGCAGCAGCAAUAUACCAGCCAACCAUCAGGACGGGCGGUGAAAUUUUCCAUUCAAACAGCAACAGCAAACGCUCGGCCUUAACGCAGCAGACACGGUUUAGACGUUUAGAUGGACUAAUCAUAUGCGUAGCGUAGUGUUAAGGGUCGAUCGAGUGCCUGCACGCAUCGCAACGGCAUCUCUUAUCAAACAAGGAACCCUUCCUUCCUUUCUCGUACUCUUCCUACGGUGGUGAUGGGGUAAAACUACUGGACACACGGGUUUGUGUGCAUUUCUGACUAAUCACUGUUUUGUUUUUCCGACGUGUGUUUGUGUGUUGUAGGGUUUUGUGUGGCUGCUAAUUUAAAAAGAAGGCAAAACGGCAAUUCGCGAAUGCAACGCAAACGCAAUAGAAUGGUGAUACAUGUUUGGCCUGAGUAUGAGAGCGUGUACGCUUAAUUUAGUGGAGGUUUUUUUGGGCAAAGGAUAGCCAUUUAUGUUUUGUAUUCAGAAAUUUGCGCCUGUUGGGGCAGAAAACUGAUCGUAAAUAAUUUACUGUAAAUGUUCUACCGUUUUUUGAUAUUUGUUGCGACAAAUAGAAAGGGCAAAUUAAAACACAAACAUGUUCAAACAUAUUUCUCUCUCUCUCUCUCUCUCUAUCUCUCUCUCUCUCUCUCUCGCUCGCUCUCUUUUUCUCACUGUCUCUGACGCUCUAUCUCUCUACUACUGGCAGCCUGCUUUAGCAUUACCAAAUAAUUUUUAGCCCACCACCCCGACACGACCAGUAUAUUUAUUUAUCCAACUACCCAAAACCCAAACCCAAUGUGUCAUGCGUACAUGCGAAGGAGAGUUUGCGGUAGAGCGUUUCCCAAUUUUUCCUCAACUGCACAGCACAUUAACCGUGUCCCCGUUUCAUCUAAUUAUACACCACAUACAUACAAAGAGCUGCAGCUUUGGAACCGGCAAACCGCACGUUUGCUCAUGCCAGAUGCGUCCUGUACAUAGGCUACUUCCCUGCCGGCCCAUCUAGGUAGAAGAAGAAACAAAACAAAAAAUAUGGCAACACGAUUUGUAAACAAUUGAACAGGCGGUCAAAUGUUAGCACAAAUCUACCCCGAAACGCAACAUACAAUACAAUCCAAACGCCCCAAUCGAGACGGCAAACGGAACAAACAAACGAAUGCUGUUAUCGUACGAACGGGACAAAAGAACACACAACAAAACAAAACAAAAAAAACGAACGCUUAGUUACCGUUUUGAUGGUAGCCGAGACCGGGUGAUGGUGGCAGCUUAGUAAUUAGAUCACAAAACCGCAAACGGUCGAAAAUAAGUACCGCUGAUUCGGACAACAGCUAGAGUAAUGCAUAAUAAAAAAGAGAGAGAUAGAGAGAGGGAGAGAGAGAGAGAGAGAGAGGGAGAGAGAGAGAGAGCGGGAGAGGGAGAAAUGUAAAAGAAACAUAUAAAAAAACAGAACAGCGAGAGUGAAAAGACGAGCAGCGAGGCAAGAUGUGUACGAUAAAGCAAUGGUACGAGGGAAAGUAGGAAAUCUGUAGCGUCAAACUGAUUUACAGGGCUUCGAAUCAUGCAAAUGGAAUAGUUAGUUCAAUUCGGUUCGGGCAGGGGACGUCAAACUCCACGGCUAGCGGGCCGCAUCCCGGACCUCGAGAGCCUAAUAAUGCUGAUUUUGUAAAGGGUUAAAACAAUAAAUAUAGUCUAUUACUUGUAACUAUUUUCAUCAAACAAUGUAAUGUUUACUUUCUAGAGACACGAAACACAAGCUAAUGCUAAUGAAAAGCUGUAGAAAUUGUAAUGGAAUGUGGCUACCCGAAAACGGGAAUUUUGCACGCGUACUGUUCUGUUGCAUAUUUCGCAGCCGUGGAGUCACUCAAACAUGAUAAAUUAGCAAAAAAAAAAAUCUAAAAUGUGUGUUUGGGUUGUUAUCACGGACAAUUUUGAAGCUCCACAGCCAACCUUCAAAAUAACCCCCGCGUUCGGUUGACGCAUUGCCUAACCCAGCGAAAAAAAAGAUGUGAAAUUUCACAAAAAUGUUUGAAAAGUUCCACGUGACGGGCCCAAUAGAUUAACCAAGAGGUAAAAAAAAGUGUGAAAGUGCUAUAAAACACUAUAAGGAACGGUAAAGAGCCGCACUUUUGCACGAUCGCUGGCCCCUAAAUCGAUUGAACUGUUCCAUUGCAUGAUUCGAACGCCCUUCUGCAUGCCCAUUAACGGUGUGUAACGUCUGCUCAAUUACUUUAUAAUUAUGCUUCCGUGCGUUUUCGUGUGCUUUUGGUGUGUGUAUGUUUUUUUUUGUAAUUGUGUAUCCCUUGUUUGUUUGUCCCCAGUUGCACAAAUGUAAGGAGUGAAAAGCGAGUAUACAGAGAGAGAGAGGGAAAGAGAGAGAGAGAGAUAGAGAGAGAGAGAGGGAUAGAGAGAGAGAAAUAGAGAGAUAGAGAGAGAGAGAGAGAGGGAUAGAGAGAGAGAGAGAGAAAUAGAGAGAAAGCACACAUAUGUUACAGGAUUUUCCAGGAGUUCUCAUAGCUGUGGGACACUUUAUUAACUCUUUCUUACGUGAAAUGAAGUUAAUGUAAUAGCAAUUCCAUUGGAUGGGAAUUGCACUCUCUAGCACCCUUGUGGGACAAAUCCAACAGGAAAUUCCACGAAGGCUGAUGGAAAGGUGUGCCAUAGAGUCCAAUUUCCAACACGUGCAAUUCAUUUCCAAUAGGAAAGAGUCAAAGAAGUGUCCCACAACUAUGAGAACCACUGGAAAUACCUUCACAACGAUCACCGGCAGAGAGCACGAGGAAUCGGCCAACUCAUUUGCCGACGAACAAGAUUUCGGGAACCUCAAUUGUACAUAGUAUCUAAUAUUUAAUACGUCCCCCUUCUUUUAAUGCCACAGUCUAACAAUCGGGUCCAUUGCAUUACCUUUGUGACGAAUCCUUUCGUGGGUUUAUUAUUAUUUUUCGCUUUUUGUAUUCUCGGUUCAGGUUUGCUCCCUUCUGUUGCAAUGGCAGGCCGAUAGUUAGUGAAGUUGUUCACCGUGGUCACAGCUCCCUUAGUACAUUUUGUUUCCACCUUCUCGUCGAAUCAGUAAAGAAUUUAUAACUCAAGUACAGAUUUGAUAACGAUCACCCUCAUACACACAAUGUUCAAAGUUUACUGGAAAUGGCCAAUUAAAGGAAGUGCGUGCGUGUUUGAUUUACUCUGUUUUCGAUAGCAAUACACUGAUGAAAGAGGGGGGUAUGUGGUACUCUCGAUUAACUUUUUUUUUUAAAUUUUGUUUUUUUUUUUAGUGUAUGUGUCUUUGUUGAGCACGUGUCGUAAAGAGGGUUGUUGCUUAUGGAAAAUAAAAUAAAGGAAGCUGUUAGGAAAGAGAAAAAUAUCAAUUAAAAAGACAUAUAUUAGCAAACACACCUAUAAAACGCGCCCUUCUUUGUUUUUUCCCCCUAUGAUGUGAAUAAUAGGGAAAUUGUGUGCAUAUAAUUCAAAAAUAAAUCAAAACAAACAAAAACAAACAUUGACAGAAGGAACGGUUACGUAUAUGAAACAAUUAUUAAUCGCACGGUGCAAAGGGUGUUAGAAAAACAAACUGUUAAUCAUCUGCCUGUACGACUUGUUGGUUGGACUUAGGCUUAAUCAGCGCUAGCAAACAUGUACACAAAUACACACACUGAAACGAAUGCCUAGCGACUCCAGUGUGCCGCACAGAGGUGGCUACACACUCAAACAAAGCAAAAUUUGUAACAAAAUAACAAAGCAACAGCAAAAGCAAAAACGGGAGAAGGAUAAAAAUAUGCAAUUGAAAUGUUAGCUUGCGUGUGCGUGUAUAGGAUAAAAAUAAAUGGAAUAAAACAGAAAUUGUA